AUGCUCAUUACGAGCCGCGCACCGAAGCUCGUUCGCAGGCCUGGGCACCAGGCCAGGCUCGGCGGAGGGCAUCGAUUUCGUCCGCGCGAGCUUCUAGUGACGGACAGCGACGGUGGCACUUUCGAGUUUGACCGCGGCACGGGGCAGACAAUGAAAGUUUUCGAUGGGACUGACCGCGACGGCGACGAGGUGGAGAUUCUCGAGGAGGUUCCUCGCGCAGCCUCCAGCGGCGGCGGCGGUCCGGCCUACGACAGCAUGCAGCUGCUCGGCCGUCCGCAUCAUGGGCGCCACGGUCGACGGUCGCCUCGACAGCACAGUGUGGUUCGGUACAGUAAUCCGAUGCUGGACUCUAUAGCGGAGCAAAACGAGGAGAUGGGAGGUCCCCCGGGAGGAAUUUUGGCGGGAUACACCGACUCGGGAUCAGGUGAGGAGAGCGCGGGCGGUGACUGGCCAAUGCUGGACGCUAUAGAUGAGCAGAACGGCAGGAUGGGAGGCUCGGAAUAUAGCUCCGACGGUGGCUCGGAAGGAGGCUGGUAUGAUGGUUUGGAAGGAGGCUCGGAAGGAGAGCGGGAUGACGGGUCGAAUGGAGUUUGGGAAGAUGGUUCGGAUGUAAGUUGGGAAGAUUUUUCGGGCUCGAAUUGGUACGACGGCUCGGAUGCACUCUCGGAUGACGGCUCGGGUGGAGUCUGGGACGAUGGUUCCAGAGGAGGCUGGGAUGUAGGCUCGGGGGGAGGCUCGGAGGAUGCCUGGGACGAUGGUUCGGAUGGAGGCUGGGACGACAGCUCGGAGGGAGGCUGGGAUGAUGGUACAGGCAACGAUGGCAGCAGCGACAACAGCACAUGGGAGGGCGACUAUGGGAGUAACCAGGGGUUAGGGUUCAGUGGAGGUGACAACUCAUAUUUUCCUGACGCGUAUGGUGCAGAACCUAAUGAUGCAGAGGAUUCACUCUACCCUACUGGCGGCGACUACUACACUGCUGACAUUGCUGACAGCACCGCAGCACUCAAGCCCAUGGUCCCUCGCACUGCUGCCACUCGCCGUCCGCCACGUGCCGUGGCACGUCCCACGCCUGUUCCUCCGAACCGAGCUACCCGAGCCAGGCCGGUCAAGCGCCAAGCCGGGGCUCGAGGCCCGGCUUCCCAGGCCAAGCCGGUGAAGCGUCCGGGCAACUACCAUGGCGGUUCGGCCCAUGCCACACCUGGCCACCACAACGGCAAACCCCGUCCCCCUGCCCACGUGGCAGCAAACCAGCAUGCGGGUACGGCCCGGGCCAAGCCAGUCCGAGCCAAGCCGGCCCAAGCCGUGGGAACAGGUGUGGUGGCCGUGCCAGUGGCAAGGGCAGCGAAGCACAGCACCCUGGUUGCACCGACAGGGCAGGGGCAGGCACAGGGACAGGGUGCGGGGGGAGCGUCUGGGAGCGGAGGUGGGAGUUCUAGCAGCUCUGGUGGAGGGGUGAUUGCCACUCCAGGUGGCGGCAGCGGUAGCAGUGGUGGCAGUGGCAGCAGUGGUGGCACCGGUAGCACCGGCAGCACUGGUAGUGGUGGCAGAAGUGGAGGGGCAGUGAGCCCUCCGGACCCAGCAGCAGGGGAUGCAUCAUAUGAUGAUGGUGAUGCCGAAGAUGGUUCUGCAAAUGAUGGUGAUGCCGAUGAUGGUGGUGCCAGUGGUGGCGGAGCUGCUGAUGGUGAUGCCGAUGAUGUUGGUGAUGCUGAGGAUGGUGGUGCUGCUGCUGACGGUGAUGCCGAUGAUGGUGGUGCCAGUGGUGCUGCUGCUGACGGUGAUGCCGAUGAUGGCGUCCCGAUCCCCCCGGUCCUCCCACCCACCACACCUCCUCCCACCAACGCUCCUCCAAGCGCCCCUCCUCCUACCACCACACCUCCCACCACCCCUCCCCCCACUACCACUCCCCCCACCACCCCUCCCCCCUCCACCACUCCUCCAACCACCCCUCCCCCCACUACCACCCCUCCCCCCACCACCACUCCUCCCACCACUCCUCCCCCCACAACCACCCCCCCGCCCACUACCACCCCUCCCACAAUCCCUCCCCCCACCACCGCUCACCACCUGCGCUGCGGGGUGGCCCCAGGCUCACUCCUCAACGCACUCAACUGGGCGUGUGGGCCCGGCGGCGCCGACUGCUCCUCCAUCCAGCCUGGCGGCGCGUGCUUCCAGCCUGGCAACCUCGCCCUGCACGCCUCAGUGGCCUUCAACUCCAUCUUCCAUAUCCACGCGCACCGCCCCGGCUCCUGCUUCUUCGGAGGCAACGCCGUCGUCGUUCCCCGCGUGCCCGACUACGCUGCCGGCCCGGCCACCUGCACCUUCCCAUCCUCCAAUGGCCAGUUCUGCGUCACUGCCUGCCAGGAGAUCCCUGACCCGUACGCUCCCCCUCCGGGCCUCGUUCACCCGGUAUACCCUGGGUACUCCCCCGAGCCGGAUUACCCUCCCCGAGGUGUGGUGGCGCCGGGCGGAGGGGGUAGGGGCGGGGGGAGCAGGUGUGCGGCAGACAUGGGGGCGGUGCAGAGGGCGCUUGACUGGGCGUGUGGGCCGGGCGGGGUGGACUGCUCUCCCAUACUGCCGGGAGGGGCGUGCUGGCAGGGAGAUGGCGCGCUGGUGGAGCAUGCGUCUCACGCCUUCAAUGCGUACUUCUACCGCCACAACCACCAGCCUGGCACGUGCUUCUUUGGUGGCACUGCUGUGGUGGUCCCCCGCGUGCCCGACUAUGCUGCUGGCCCGCCCGCCUGCACGUGGCCCUCGGGUGAUGUGGUUCUUUGGUGGGACUGCUGUGGUGGUCUCCCCGUGUGCCUGACUAUGCUGCUGCCCCGCGUGCAUGCGACUGGCCCUCCAAGAAUGGCCUGUACUGCGUCGUGGGGUGCUGAAUGGGUUGGGGUGGAAGGCAUUGAGCUGUGA